UCUUCCCUGGCCAAUCAAAUAUUUGACGUGUUCACGCACAAACCAUUCCGACUGCUGAAUCUCUACGGAAGCACAGAAGUAGCGGGCGACAUCACGGCAGUGACGUUCGACAGCAAAGAAGCCAUUGAGCGCACUGCCUUCCAACUGCCAACGGGUGGACUCGUAGUGCCUGUUGGCACUCCAAUCGACAAUAACGAGGUGUACGUGGUCAGCGGCGACUAUGGCACAGAGAAUAUGACGAUCGCCAGAGAAGGCGUUGUGGGAGAAGUGGUGGUGUCAGGUGUGGGUGUUCUUACGGAGGAGCCCAUUGUGAAUUCGAGCAAUGCAGAGCAAACGCGCACAAUCCUUCCAAAUCCUUUCGGCACACAUUCACGCUUCUCUCAGAUCUACCGCACUGGCGACAUUGGAUUCAUCUGCCCCAACACUCGCAUGCUCUACAUCACUGGUCGGGUGGAUGACAUGGUGAAGAUCAAUGGAGUGAAGUUUUGUACUGGAAACAUUGACCAACUGUUCAGCCGACUCAAGCACCAGGACGAUGUACUUUCGGGGCUAAGCACUACCGUGACCAUUGCUCUGGAGAAAGGAGGGAGCGGUGCGCGUCUGGUCUGCUUCUUCCAGCGCGACGCAGCUGCGGUGCGUGGAUUCACUGCCUUGGAUCUCGACAUGGCCGUGAAGAAGCACUUCUCAUCUUUCAUCUCCGUGACCUUCGUCGAGGUGCCUUCGUUCCCAAUUCAAGCGCAGUCUGGCAAAAUCGAUAAAGUCAAAUUAAGGCGCGAUUUCCAGCAAGGCGUCUUCUCUGACAUGAAGCCUGCCCACACCAAUGGCAAGCAAUCGGAAUGCGAGGACACCUCGGGAGAACGAUCACUGAUUCGUGGGUUAUUUGCGAAGCAUCUUGGACUGUCGGACGCAGCGAGGAUGAAAGGGGAACCACGCGACGACGACGACUUCUUCCUGAUUGGAGGCGAUUCAAUCACGGCUGCUUUAAUUGUCUCCGACUUACGACAUCUUGGCCUCCAAGUCAAUUUAACUCAUUUUGUUCAAAAUCGUCGAAUUGGAGAACUGUUAGAUGCGCUGUGCAGCAAUCGGAAUUUGUCAAGCCAGGCUCCAUUCAGCAUCAAGAGAAACUUGUUUAUUCAUGAAUAUCAGCCUGGGAAAACAUUUGCUACAAACUCGGACCUCGAUGCUCUGUGCAGAGACACCAUUGUCAAAGUGGUUGUUGAAUCGUACAUGAAGGCAGAUGCAAUAACACAGCUACUAGAUCUUAGUGAAACUACCCUUAAAAAGGUUGUUUUAGGGCGUCUGUGUCAGCUUAAAACAUUUCCUGGAAUGGUGUAUUUGGCGGGUUUCACUCAAAAGAACCCCGACGGUCCUCUAGAGCGUCUGCUUUCUGACGUCUCAGCCGUGACCUUCCUAAUGGAAUCCGGGGUCCCCUCAAUCCCCGACAUUGAUGACCCAAAAUACCAUCUAAUCGAAGCAUUCUACGACGCCUGUGGUCUUAAGGAAGACACUAAUCACGCCAUAGAGAGAUGCAUGCGCGUAACGCUAGCUAGCGCGCUUCAUAGUACAACGAUGGGACAGGACAGACUUCAGCUCAUUUUACUGAUGGAAAGACAAAGUAUUGAGUCGGCAAAGAGGUUGGACUACACUGUAAUUCGAUCCAUCAAUACAUCAGUGGUAACUCAGGUAAGUAUGUACUCGGAAAUGUUUGUUAUUGUGCAUUUCUUUGAAUUGAUUUUGCUAAACCGUUCAUAUCCUGCACAUAUUUUCCUCACUGAAAAUCAUGCAUCUGAUGUCCAAGCCUGA